UACACUAUCGAAAAGAUCGCAUCAUUCUCAGCCGUUGGAUCUUCCCUUCAUCUCUAUCUCUCUCUUUCUCUUUCUCUGCCAUCUGACCUGUUGAGAGUUUGCAGAUAUUCAAACAACUCUCAUUCCCAUUCCUUUUGUUCGUCUCUCGGAUUUUUGAAGAGCUCAGAUUAGGGUUUCUGGAUUCUUCUCCUUGGGGAAUAACUCUAAUCCCCUCCCAACCACCGGUAACGUGGAGGAGAGAAUGACGGAUUCGGGUCUGAUGAUGCCGGCGGAGAUUGCUGGAUUUUUAACGACGGCGAUUACGACUUGGUGGGAUGAUGUUAAUGAGUCAACUCAGUGGCAAGAUGGGAUCUUUUUCGCUCUUUGUGGUGCUUAUGCUCUUGUUUCCGCCGUUGCUCUUGUUCAACUGAUAAGGAUCCAAAUGAGAGUGCCUGAGUAUGGUUGGACCACUCAGAAGGUGUUUCAUCUUAUGAACUUUGUCGUCAAUGGAGUUCGUGCGGUUCUGUUUGGAUUUCACAUGCAAGUUUUUCUUGUGCAUCCCAAGGCUCUUUGCUGGGUACUAUUGGAUCUUCCGGGACUCCUCUUUUUCUCGGCAUACACGCUGCUUGUGCUGUUCUGGGCAGAGAUAUAUCACCAGGCAAGAAGCUUGCCAACGGAUAAGCUGCGGAUAACGUAUAUUUCCGUCAAUGUGGCUGUAUAUUUGGCUCAGAUUGGUAUCUGGGCAUACAUUUGGGUAAAUGAUAACAGCACUGUGGAGUUAGUUGGAAAGAUAUUUAUCGCAGUUGUAUCUUUCAUCGCCGCAUUAGGCUUCUUGCUGUACGGAGGAAGGUUGUUUUUCAUGCUUAGAAGGUUCCCUAUCGAGUCAAAAGGAAGAAGGAAGAAACUCCACGAGGUUGGAUCUGUGACAGCGAUAUGCUUCACCUGCUUUCUCAUAAGAUGCGUUGUGGUGGCUGUAUCAGCUUUUGACAAGGAUUUAACGCUUGAUGUUCUUGAUCAUCCGGUUCUGAACUUAAUCUACUAUAUGGUGGUUGAAGUACUUCCAUCGGCACUAGUCCUCUUCAUUCUGCGUAAGCUACCUCCAAAGAGAGUAUCAGCUCAAUACCAUCCGAUCCAGUAGAACCGUUGUCUGAACCAACAUACGGUGAGUCUGAUGAUGUUUAAGAGAAGAGUGAAGAUAAAAAUUGGGGCAAUAAAUCAAAGGUGAAGAAGAAAUCGGUGUGGAAAUGUGGAAUCUGCGUGAGUUUUUGGAAUGCACGAUCAUAUAAUGAUUUUACAGCUUUAGUUGUUGUAGCCCGCCGUGACUUUUGGUUUGGUAGUUUAUUAUUAUUAUUAUGUCUGUUUAAAUUAUAAAUGCUCUUCUUCUACUUUGAAAUAAUUUGGUCAGUAGUACAAGAAGAGGUUUAACAUUUGUUGAGCAGAUGUUUGAUUGUUAUGUUCUGUUGCGUAAAAAUAAACAAAUGUUUACUUUUGUGUA